UAUUUUACGACCGUUUACAGGGGUGGACGGCAGGAGUCGUGCAAGCUUGAUUACGUAGGGUUGUUUACAAAGUUGAAAGUUCUCCACAUUUUCCAAGUUAAUAACACGUUUCAUAUUGUAAAUUCACAGCGUCAACGUAACUUCAGAUAUGGGGAAGCAAAAGAAAAAGAGUGAUCUGAGCCGUGCAGAGUUAAUGAUGAUGACCAUUGCGGAUGUCAUCAAUCAGCUGGUCGAGGCGCAUGAAGAGGGAAAAGACAUAAACCUCAACAAGGUGAAGACGAAGUGCUCUGCUAAAUAUGGUCUUUCAGCUCAGCCCAGGCUAGUAGACAUCAUAGCUGCUGUUCCACCCCACUACCGCCGUGCCCUGGUGCCCAAACUCAAGGCCAAGCCUAUCCGCACUGCCAGCGGGAUUGCAGUAGUUGCUGUGAUGUGCAAACCCCAUCGCUGCCCCCACAUCAGCUUCACUGGAAACAUCUGCGUAUACUGUCCAGGUGGGCCAGACUCAGACUUUGAAUACUCCACACAGUCUUACACUGGCUACGAGCCGACGUCUAUGAGAGCCAUCAGAGCACGGUAUGAUCCCUACCUGCAGACCAGGCAUCGAGUGGAACAGUUGAAGCAGCUGGGCCACAGUGUGGACAAGGUGGAGUUUAUAGUGAUGGGAGGAACCUUCAUGGCCCUGGCUGAGGAGUACAGAGACUACUUUAUCAGGAACCUCCACGACGCCCUGUCAGGACACACCUCUAACAACGUGGCUGAGGCCGUCAGGUACUCGGAACGCAGUAACACCAAGUGUGUUGGCAUCACCAUCGAGACGCGUCCUGACUACUGUCUGAAGAGACACCUCAGUGACAUGCUGGGGUACGGCUGUACCCGGCUGGAGAUAGGGGUUCAGAGUGUCUACGAGGAUGUAGCGCGGGACACCAACAGAGGUCACACGGUGAGGGCGGUGUGUGAGUCCUUCCACUUCUCCAAAGACGCAGGUUUCAAGGUGGUGUCUCACAUGAUGCCUGAUCUCCCUAACGUUGGUAUGGAGAGAGACGUCGAGCAGUUCAUCGAGUUCUUUGAGAACCCAGCGUUCAGGCCAGAUGGGUUGAAGCUGUACCCUACUCUGGUGAUCAGGGGUACAGGUCUGUAUGAGCUGUGGAAGACCGGUCGCUAUAAGAGCUACUCCCCUUCUGCCCUGGUAGAUCUGGUGGCACGCAUCCUGGCACUGGUGCCACCCUGGACUAGAGUCUACCGCGUCCAGAGGGACAUCCCCAUGCCUCUGGUGAGCUCUGGGGUGGAGCAUGGUAACCUCCGAGAGCUGGCUCUGGCCAGGAUGAAAGACAUGGGGACGGAGUGUCGAGAUGUGAGAACAAGAGAAGUGGGAAUCCAGGAGAUCCAUCACAAAGUGCGUCCCUACCAGGUGGAGCUGAUUCGUAGAGACUACGUGGCCAACGGUGGCUGGGAGACCUUCCUGUCCUACGAGGACCCAGAGCAGGACAUUCUGAUUGGUCUGCUGCGUCUGCGGCGUUGUUCCGCCCAAUCAUUUCGCCCUGAGCUCAAAGGGGGCGUGUCUAUCGUCCGUGAGCUGCACGUCUACGGCAGCGUGGUUCCUGUCAGUAGCAGAGACCCCAGCAAGUUCCAACACCAGGGCUUUGGCAUGAUGCUGAUGGAAGAAGCAGAGAGGAUCGCCAGAGAAGAACACGGCUCUGGGAAACUAGCCGUCAUCUCAGGUGUGGGAACUAGGAACUACUACAGGAAGCUGGGUUAUGAGCUGGAGGGACCGUAUAUGGUGAAACACCUGGAGGUGUGUCUGUAGACGGACUUGGGAAUGAACGUGUUUUUAUUAUAAUUAUUUUACCAAGACACACACCAGACAAAAAUAUAUUUAUUUGUUACUAGUACAUGAUUGUUACUUUGGAGACACUGCAUAGUACAUGCAUGACAAUACAUGAACCACUCUUGUUUUGGGUAUGCUUGUGGUAUCAGAGAGGGUCGGAGUGAAUAGGUCAGUUUGGAGGAAGCUGAUCCUAGAUCUGUGCAUAAAAGAGUCACUUCUACCCAGAGUGGGAACGGCAUAAGAGUCACCUUGAUGGACCAGUAGUGGUCUGUGAGUCCUCGGCCAUUUAUUAAGCCGUAGUUCAGGAAUACUUUGGAAGAGUCUCCUCCAGCUUCAUGAGAUAACUAGGAGGCUGUUCAGCGUCAUGUUUUUAAGUUCAUCAUGUUAUCAGUGAGUUGAGGAAGACCACCAGUAUGAAUCGGCGUUCAUUAACAGACUUGGCGCUGUAUAAUUCGUCAGCCGGUGGGGAAAGUCCUCUCUCUGUCUCUGAACAGAUGUUUUUAUAGGGCAGGAAAUGGAAAAAUAGUGUUGCAUAUGUUUAUUUUUAAACCCUCUGUUAAUCCUAUCCCAUGUUUUCCUGUUUUGUUUUUAUUUACAACAAAUGUUACUUUUGUUUUGGUUGUUGGACUUAAGAUUUCAGUUAAAAUCCCUUUCACUGCUCUGAAAGCUGUUUUGGUUUCAUGGAAUAAAAUAUUAAACAGUUAUAUAAUUUCAA